UAAAUACAAAGACUCAUUAAUUAAAUUACAAUUAAUUUGAACACAAUAAACAAAUAAUCUAACACCUUCUUAAGUGAAGAUAAUAAGGGUGAGGUCUUUGUGACACUUCGAUAUGAAAAUCAGAGGUGGAUGUUUCUACAGAAAGGAGUUCCUUACGGCAAUCAAGAUUUUUAUAUGGCGUUUUGAACUUAAGAUUAUUUAUUUUCAGCAUGCUAAAAUUUUGUGUAUUCAUUUUGAACUUUUUAUAUGUUUGUUUAAACUAAAAUUAUGUGGAUUGUGAUGUUUUACAAACAUCUCGUGUUAUCGUUGUUAUAGCAUGUGUUUACCAUUUGUUUUAAUGUGCAUUGGAAUUCAAUAUUUUACUUGUGUAGAAUGAAUGUUGAAGUUAGACGGUCAUGUCUAAUUAUUGCAUUAGAAGAGCUCAGAUCUUUACUAUAAGAUGAUCAACAAAAGAAGACUAGGAUACCAAUGAGAGUAGGUGGAGAAACAUGAGGUUCAUUCAUGUGGCAGGGCAAAUUGGAAUUGGUCUCUAUAUAUUGGUCAAGGGAGCUUCUUACCCAGAUGCAAUUGAUGUUUUUAAGCAUUCUUUGAGAACCAUAUGCAAAUAUUUCAAUCUAGUAUUGCAUGCCUUGGUUAAGUUGUCUUUUGACAUAAUUCGACCACAUCACAAUUUGUUGGACGUCCACACCAUAGUUUUCAACAGUUCCUUAUAUUGGCCGAAUUUCAAGGAUUCAGUUAUAGCAUUAGAUGGUACUCACAUAGAAGCAGUUAUAUCAGAUGCAAAGGGGGUGCCGUUUCGAGGACGCAAAGGAAUCAAAACCUGGAAUGUCUUAGCAUGUUGUUCAUUUGAUAAACUAUUUACGUUUGUCAAUAUUGGCUGGGAAGGAAGCGCUCACGACGUACGAGUGUGUGUUGAUUCCUUAAUGCAAUCAAAAUAUCAUUUUUCUCAUCCCCACCAGGGAAUGGAGAAGGCAUGGUUGAUUCAGAUAAGUUCAACAAUGGGCGAAAAGAAGUUAUGAACAAUGUUCGCGUGGAAAUUGCGAGACAAAUUUGGGAAGACGUUCAGAAACCAGAAGCAACGGAUGCAUGAUGAUAUUUAUUAUUUUAUAGUACUUUUUUUGUUCUAAAAAGAUUCAUA